AUGAUUUUAAAGGACGGAUGUACAACGACAUCCAGCAUGAACAUGAGGGGAAAGAUCAUCUUCUACGAGGAGAGGAACUUCCAGGGCCGCUCCUACGAGUGCAUGAGCGACUGCUCCGACAUGUCCUCCAGCCUGAGCCGGUGCCAGUCCUGCCGGGUGGAGAGCGGCUGCUUCAUGGUCUACGAGCGCCCCAACUUCAUGGGCAACCAGUUCUUCAUGAGGAGGGGCGAGUACUCCGACUCCAUGAGCAUGAUGGGCAUGAGGGACUGCAUCAGGUCCUGCCGUUCAAUCCCCAUGCACAGAGGCCAGUUCAAGAUCAAGAUCUUCGAGAGGGAGAACUUCAGCGGCCAGUCCAACGAGCUGCAUGAGGACUGCGACAACAUCCAGGAGCGCUUCCGCAUGAGCGACUGCAUGUCCUGCCAGGUGAUGGAGGGCCACUGGCUGCUGUUCGAGCAGCCCCACUUCCGGGGAAAGAUGAUGUACAUGAGGCCCGGAGAGUACCGCAGCUUCAGGGACAUGGACAUGAGUGGCAUGAGGAUCAUGAGCAUGAGGCGCAUCAUGGACUCUUGCAACUAAAUGUUCAAUAAAAUACUUUUUGCAAUA